CUGAUAUUCCCAUGUCAAUAUAACAUAUAUGGUCGUUGUUAUUUCACGUGAUUUUGUGCCGGCAUUACGUCAUUAAGGCAUUAAGAAAUUAACGACAUUGUAACCCCCUCUAAUUUUAGGGUCUGGUAUAACUUAGUUCGUCUCUCAUUGUGUAUACAUACUGGUGGCAAUUCAAGAGUGUGAAACCGCAUUAGUCAACAUUCAUUUAUUUUUAGGAGGUUAAAAGUAAACAAAUGAAUAGAGAAGCAUAUCAAGGUCCACAAGGAGGUCCACCUCCACCUCCAGGUCCUGUUAAUCAAGCGACACCAAGAGCAAGCGAUGCUGCAGCAAAAAUGUUAUAUAAUUGUGCAGAUUGUGGAGCGGAAAAUGAAAUAAGACCGAAAGAACCUUUACGUUGUAAAGAAUGUGGCCAUAGAAUUAUGUAUAAACAGAGAACAAAAAAGAUGGUCCAAUUUGAAGCUCGUUGACAAUAAAUAAUAUUGUAAUUUUUCUUUCAUUACAACCGGAAUUUGCUUUACCAUGAAAGACAAUUUUUACUAUUAAUAUCCUUCCGAAAUUAGUUACAUUAGAUUUUUUUUUUUAUUAAGAAAAGCGUUAAAAAAUACAGACGUUAUCAAACAUAAAAAUCGAAAAUAUCAUAUUCGUUUAAAGACUAGUUAGUAAUCGAAACUAACUAUACGACUUUAUUAUAAUAAAUAAACUUUAUAAUUUUUCAGAUUGAAAAAUCGAGACUUUAGUUAAAAUAAA